AUUUUGUUGCUUCAAUUAAGUAAAUAUUUAAAUCCUUUUCCUUUAAAAAAAAGACAAGAUAUUUGCUUAAAAAUAUAAGAAAAAUUUUACUGUUGUCUGAUCAUAAAACAUACUUACUUUAUUAGCUUUUAUAAAUAUAUUAUAUCAGAUAUUUAUUUCAAAAAAAAAAUAUCUAGUGAAAAAUAUAACUAUAAAUUUUUAAUUCUUUGGUUUUUGAAAAUGGGAGUAUCAAUAUCAAUUACCAAAACAUUGAGCUAUAAACAUUUUAUGGUUGCUGCUGGGAGUGUUGGGAUAUAUUUUCUGCUAAAGAAAGCAAAAGAAAAAAUAUAAUUUUAGAUUUAAAAAAUGUGUUAUGAAAUAGAAAGUUAAUAAUGUGAAAUUAAAAAAUAACGUAGACCUAAAUUUCUUAUCUUACUUAGACAUGGAGAGUCUGAGGCUAAUAUUGAUCCUCAUGUAUAUACUCAUAAAGCUGAUAAUUAAAUAGAACUAACAGAGAAAGGAAAGAAAUAAGCUUCCAAAUUAGGAGAGAUAUUAAAUAAAUUGAUAGAUAAAAACUCUAAAAUAACAAUGUAUGUUUCACCACUAAAAAGAGCUAUGCAAACUGCCUAGAUAUUAGAGCAAUAUUUAAAUGUUGAAAAUAAGAUAGUAGAUCCUAGGCUGAGAGAGUAAGAAUGGGGAAAUUUGUAAAAGUUUUAGCUUGAUAAGGCCAAAAGUCUUUAAGUAUUAAAUGAAAGGAAACUUGUUUCAAGACUAUUUUACAGAUUUGAAACAGGAGAAUCAGGAUGUGAUGCGUAUAAUAGAGUAUCAUCGUUUUGGGAGACUUUAUUUAGAGAUAUGGAUAAUCCAAAUAAUUAAAGAAAUAAUAAUAAUAAUAGCAAUAGAAUCUUUGUAAUAGUAUCGCAUGGUAUUAUUUAGCGUUUACUUGUUUUUAGAUAUUUAAGGGCUGAUGUUGAAAAUUAUGAUACAAUGCCUAACCCUUCUAAUUGUGAAACUUGGAUCUUAAAAUUAAACUCAAAAGGAAGAUAUGAUUUUCAUGAUAAAAUUAUUAUGGAAGGUAUCGAGUGAAUUAAGUACAGGCUUUUAACUUCAAUAAAAAAAGCUAAUAAGUCAGAUUUUAGGUAUUUGUUAAAAAACUAAGUAAUGAAAACAGAAACGUUUUUAUAUUCAAACACUAUAAAAUACAUAUUUUAAAAAAUCAAUAUUGGAAAAAAUAAAUUUAGACUAGUUUAAUCAUGAAUAUAGCUUUAAAAUAAGCAUACGAAUAAAAAAAAUAAAGUCUUUGCUACAAAUUGAUAAAUUAAUUAUGACUAAAUAUUAAAAAAAUCAAAUUUAUUUAAAAUAAUUCAACUUUUUCAUUUAUAAUGAUUAUGUUAUAGUUAAUUUUUUAACCAUAA